ACAAAAUUGCCGUCUGAUCAGCAGUGCACAUGGGAGUGCACAUUUGAAUGGCUUCUAAUCGCAUGCUUCGCAACCCCCGCUGCUGAAAUGAAACUUCUAGCACCAUCAUCACAUCUUAGCAAGAGAACUGCUGCAUCUAAAUGUGCUGUUAUAGCUGCUCUAUCAAGGUGCUAAACGCUUCAGUGCAGGACUUCUGCUGCGACUGUCCGUGCAACAGCCGCGAUCGUACGUUCGCAUACCCUUGGUUAUACUGGUGCACCCUUCCCUUUUGUAUCGCAACCAGUGUUUGCUAAAGAAAUGUACCGCUCUGCAGUAUUGACAGUUGCUCUAGGCGUUGCUAUAUGCGGUGUCUGUCUGUUUUGUUGUGGCUUCUUGCUCCAAAGGCAAGCUAUCGAAGAACAUAGUGAAUGCUCUGACAUCACAGUCUUCUACCGAUCUACUGGGAAGCCCACGGCCCUCCCUAGCCCAAUUUGCUGGUAUCCGGCAAAGUUUAAGAAAGUGGUAAUUUUGCUAAUCGACGCCUUGAAGCUGGAGUUUGCUCUGUAUGGACCCCCGUGGGAUGAAAGCGAGCAUUAUCGAAACAAGAUGCCCGUUUUCUCCGAGUUGUCUGCUGGUACCGGCGCUGAGCGCACCGUUUUGCUCAAGUUUGUGGCGGAUGCCCCCACCACAACAGUGCAGAGGUUGAAGGCAUUGAUGACUGGAGGACUGCCGACGUUUAUUGACGCUGGUACUAAUUUUUAUCAAACUGAGGUGCGAGAAGACAAUUUGAUCAGUCAGAUGUUCAAAAUGGGCAAGAAGGUUGUGUUCAUGGGCGACGACGCUUGGGUCAACCUUUUUCCUGGAAAAUUCGCCCGUGCGUACGCGUACCCCUCGUUUGUAGUAAAGGAUUUACACACAGUCGACAAUGGUGUUCUCGAACACCUUUAUCCGGAGCUGGACAAUCCAGAUGGAUGGGAUGUUCUGGUGGCUCACUUUCUUGGCGUGGACCACUGCGGUCAUUGGCUAGGCCGGAAUCAUCCAGCCAUGGCUGCCAAGCUCACCCAACUUGACCAGGUGAUAAGAUCAGUGGUUUCGAAAAUUACUGAGGACACCCUACUCCUGGUGAUGAGUGAUCAUGGAAUGACGAUUGAUGGUGACCAUGGUGGAGAAACAGAAGAUGAAAUCGAGGCAGUGCUUUUUCUCCAUGCCAAGAAACCUUUUCUAUCACCUCAGAGCAAUGCAAGUUUUGUGACAGAAAUAUCCAGUCCUCCUUCCAUAGCCCAGGUGGAUCUUGUGCCCACUUUAUCAAUGCUUAUUGAUGUGCCCGUUCCAUAUUCUAACCUUGGCUCUUUGAUGCUACAAGCUUUUCCGGGCAUUGAGAUGGAGCAUGCUGUUCCAGGCCAGCUACUGCCACUUUGGCUGAAUGUUCAGCAGGUGGCGCGUUACUUAGGCAAGGUUCCCAACACUCCCCUGCAUCCAGAACUGAGGAUGCAGAAACUGCGCCAGCUGUGGGACCGAUGCCUUGAUGAGCAAGGAAGUGCUGAAGCAGCCAGGGAUUUCAUCAAUGCCUCCGUGGCAUUCCUGCAGGAUGCAAGACAUGCCGCCCAUGAGGUCUGGGCUACAUUUGACAUCCCUCGUAUGUAUGCCGGCUUAGCAAUGGCUAUACUUGGAUCACUGCUGCUCCUAAGCUGGUGCUGUUAUCAACUUAGAGAAGCAAGUGCCUCUGAUGUACUGAAGAGCCCUACAAGUGUUUGUGCUGUUUGUUGGCUCUUGAUGCCCUUCUCCAACAGCUUUGCUGUAGCUGAACACAAGGUGGUUCUAUACCUCUUUCAAACAUUGCUUGUGGCAUCCAUCUUCUGCAAGGGCCCUGUCACAUUGAGCACUAGUCGGAGCCGUGCUUUGACUUUGUGCCUAGUGGGCACACUAACAGCUACAAGGCUAUCAGCGCUGUUCUGGCGCUGUCGGGAAGAGCACCUAGGUCAGCCAUGUGAAGAGAGCCUUCUACAGAAGAACCCCUCGGAGCCUCAGUCAUGGGGCCUUGAGCGAGUGCUGGCAGCAAGUGGCGGCACCAUACUGCUGACUUGGUGUUCAUGGCCACCACGAGCUUCUGCUGGCCUCGCUGGUGCUUUGGCAAGGGUGGGCCUGAUGGCUGCUACUGGUGCCUUACUGGCACACUGGUUUGUCCAGCUCAAGCCACCUGCCACCAUCCAGAAUGUGCUUGGCUCUCACCAGGAGCUUCUUCCAAACACAGCUAUGGUGAUGAGCAUAGCUUUGGCACUGCUUGGCUGGGCUGUGCCCCACUCACCCACGGGGAAUGUGAGCCUGCUGCCUGCAUCUGCCUUGCUGUUCCUUUUGACUCUGGCUGGUGAAAGCUAUGCACUACCACUUUGCCUGAUGGUUGCUGCCCUUUGGGGACUUUCAAACCUGUGGUCUUCGCUGCCUCCAACAGAUGUGUGGGGACCAUUGCUGUGCUGGUUGCUCAUGGGCCAGCUGGGCUUCUUUAGCACAGGCCAUCAGACGAGCUUCUCGACAAUCCAUUGGAAAGUGGCAUUUGUGGGUGCACCCAUAGAUCAGCCACCCAUGACCCUGGGUGCAGUAAAAGUGCUGCUGAAUACCUUUGCUGGCCCAUUAGUGGCAGGUGCCAGCCUUCCCGUCAUGCAAGCCACAUUUCGUACACAAGGCAUGUCUCCUACCACGAAGCAAGUUAUGCCAUCUGUUGCUUACUGUACACUGCUUCUGCUGCAGGUCUGCAGCACAAUGGCGUCAUGCUUGCUUCUGCGCCGUCACCUAAUGGUGUGGACUAUAUUCGCACCACGACUUGUUUUUCAAGUGUUGUCAGCAUUUUUCAGCAUUGUGGCAGUCUUCAUUGGUUGGGUGACGUCACGAAGAAUAUUGUCAAGGACACAAAUUUUUCAUAUAGACUGAUUUGUGUCAUUAGCAGUACUCUGAUAGGUCUUAAAGUAUUCUAGGUUAACUCAACAGUAGACUCUCUUGUCUUCACAAAAAGGCAUAGAUUUGAAAAAUUUUAUAUCAACUAUCUGUGUCACAGUGUUGGGAAGUCAGUGCCUGUGGACAGGAAUGGAAAGUUGCAUGAGGUGCUUAGAUUGCAUGGUUUCUCCAGGUCACAUCACUCUGAGAAACCUCAUCUUUGAGGCAACACUUCGCUGCCUGUACAAAUACUUCUUGUACACAUUCCGACGAGAGUAGUAAUACUGCCCGUAUUUAGUGGCCGUUUACUUGGCUCAGUUUUCUUCACUGCCUUCAUGCUUCUUUCAGACUAACUAGUCAGUGGCGGGAGUUUACUGUCAUUGUAGAGUGCCCAGUAUUGUAGCAAUAUUUUGGUCUGCUGGGGAGAAAAAUCUUUGAGGCAGCAUCUGUGGCACUGGACAUAUGAUGUUUCGGAUCAGGCAUUGUGUGAUUUGUAGGGUUCACUUUUUAUUAAUAUACAUUAGUGCUUAUAAAAGAAGUUGACUGACAUUUAUAUGCAAUUUGUUGAGUGCUGAAGCUGUCUGUGUGGACAUGAAUUUCGAAGAUCAGCUACAGUAUUGCUGAAGGUAGUCUAAAAUAGUAAGCUGUAAAAUAUCAUUACGUGCUUGUUUUUGUCUUGUCUUAAAACAUUGUACAGACUUACGUUUGAUUCUUUUAUUACUCAUAUUUUUCUUUUGACUUAUAGUGCAAACCUCCCUGCCACAAUGUUGUUGAUUUAGGCUCCUCUCAUUACUUCCCUUUAAAACAUAAAUUAAUAUUCAUUGUCAAACACAAAUCUGUGGCUCAUCUUGUUAUGUCUAAGCAGGUUCAAUGGUUUUUAAAUCUCAUUAAGAUAAAAAAAAAUUGGGGUAUCUCCAGGUGGUGCAUUGUACAAAAAAAUCUUAGAGGUCUGGGGAGGUAUUCUGUAAGAAUCCACCUAGUGGAAAUGUCCAUUUCGUCUGCUGUUGACGCUCUGAUUACUGGACUGGGCUGCGCAUCCACGGCAGCGAGACGCCACAGCCAAUCAGCACUUCAGCAGCAGACGAAAUGGACAUGUCCACUAGGUGGACUCUUACAGAAUACCUCCCCAGGUCUCUGUUGUUCUUUUGAAACUCUGAACACCUUCUUUUUUUCAUGUUAAAAGAGUAAAGCUGGUUUCUAAUAGCAUCUAAGUAUGGCUGCCGAUUGUUAUACAGUGACUGUCAGGCUCCACUGGAAUGUCAACAUACUACACUGCCAUGUGUGCUUUUUCUUUUCUGAUGGAGUCAAGCCCACGUAUAACAAUCCAACUUACAGCACACUUUUGGCUACUGCAAAGUUUCUCAACAGCCAAAAUGUUUUGCUAGGACUCUAUGGGAGAGCGGUCCACUUAUAACAAUCCAGUGCCCUGUUAAUUUCUAUUACAACGAAUUGAAUGAUCCAUACUGCAGCAGCAUCUCGACGAACUGCCACACAGUGUAGUCAACCAUUGCAGUGCAGCGCUUCUCUUGCACUUCAUGCUGGUCAUUUGGUGUCACUUGCUUGGUGUACAAAUACAUCUUCUUACAUGUCAAAAUGCUUGUACUGUAUUCUUUUUUAGCAUCCACAUGUGUAGUUGCAUGUGCUACUCUUUUUCCUAUUUUCUUAUGUAUAGCAGGUACAUUUGGACAUGUAAUAUACACCUUCAGACAAAAAUUAAUUGUAUUUGCUGAAAAUUUAGAUUUUCCACCUUUCUUUGAUCUUACGCGUUAUUAAAAACAGAAAGCACCAGAGUAGACUGAAAGCCUUCGAAUUUUGUAUUCAGUUUCACUGUGAUCACAAAUGUUCACAAACUCUGAAAGCUAGUCCAGAUGUGGGAAUAAAUUUGACUAUUUCACAUGCAGUGUAAUUAAAGAACACCCAGCCAUUUCAGAAGUUCGCUUGAUAGUGGGUGUACAACGAAGCACUGCGAAAGAUUUGUCGAGUGCAGCAAUAAAUCUGCUCUGUGUCUGUGUUUUCUUUCCCUCUGUCUGUUAUUUCGCACUGCCUAAAUCUAGGAUGCAAUGCCAGCUCGCCCAGAAAACCACCCUCUUGAUAGCAGGGUCAUUAUUAUUAUCAGAGGAUGACUUCGUGGGCGAGUUGGUGACUACUUAACAUGUACGCGAACAGUUUGGGAGCGCUGCAAUCACGGCGCGCAAGCGGGUAUGUCACGUGGUAUUUUUUUGUAUUUCGCGGGCAUCCGCAGUAAGCUGAAAAACACUAAUACUUAACAGAUAGAAAGUUCGAAACUGUCUAAUCGGACGUAUUGGAAAGCGCUGUACAACUUUCUAAUUGGAAUUUUUUUCAUAACUCUGUUGCUUCUGAAGUUGGUUAAUUAAUCUUGACUAAUUAUCUAAUUAAGCAGAAUACAAAAAUAGCGUGAUACACUACAUACAAAAGUGAGCAACAUGCAUUUGGUCGCGUUGUCUUAGAGUGCAUCAGCAUGUUUUUAAACUGACUAAAGUUAGCUGAAACACCCUGCAUACACAAACAUACACAUGCCCAAAUGCAUAUAACACUCAAAGAACGCCAGUCAGCCGAAGGCAUUGUUAUCACUUUUUUAAUUAAAACAAAAUUUUUUUUACAUGCUUAGCAAUCUCAAUUGCAAUUUCUCCACUUGAGCAGUUUAUCUGAUUCCUCUCGGCUGUGGCAAGUGCUACAUUGGGCAAACUGGGCGCUGCGUCAACGACCAAAUGAGAGAGCAUGCAAAUAUUUUAAAGAAGGUUACGACGGUGCACUUGUCUGCGCAUUGCAGGUUUUGUCGCGACUGUGAACCACUGUUUUUUAAUGUCAGGAUCCUAGGCAGUAGCAAGAACAAAACUGCACGCGAACGGUUAGAGGCCUAUCAUAUGCAAACCACUGGUCUAGCCUGCGCGAGUCAAACAACUGUUACGCUUUAUGAUUCAGAAUUGAGAUUGCUAAGCAUUAAAAAAAAUGAUUACAAUGCCUUCGGCUGACUGGUGUUCUUUGCGUGUUUCAUGCGUUUGCGCAUGUGUAUGUUUGUGUAUUUAUAAGAUGCUCUGUUUUUGGAAUAAACAGUUGUAAGUGUA